GGCCAUUUUCUUUUCACACCUCCGUUUCAAGCACAGCCAACCAGCAGCAGGACUACAAAAACACUUUCAUCAAACAUAAAACUUCCGAACACCACUGGAAAACCGUUCCAUCUACAACUCGGCCGCCAGUGCGAAAACCGGGCCGAAGUGGAGAACUACCGCCUCGGGGAAUGAGUUUUUUUGUUCUGAGGUAAAGUGGGUCUAUAGAUUGAAGCGAUAUGGCGACUGCAACCCCGAGCCGCGAGUCCAGCCGCGCGAAACCCGCCCAAACGCCGCUGAGCCCCGCGCGCAUCUCGCGCUUGCAGGAGAAAGAGGACCUGCGCGCGCUCAACGACCGCCUGGCCGUGUACAUCGACCGCGUGCGGUCGCUGGAGCUCGAGAACGACCGACUGCUAGUCAAAGUGUCCGAGAAGGAGGAAGUCACCACCAGAGAGGUGUCAGGGAUUAAGUCUCUUUACGAAGCCGAACUUGCCGACACCAGGCGUGUUCUUGACGAAACCGCUCAUGAAAGAGCCAGACUUCAGAUCAAUCUAGGAAAAGCCAAUUCUGAUCUCGAGGAGGUCACUAAGAACUUCAAAAAGAAGGAUGGAGAUCUCGCUUUGGCUCUGGCUCGUAUCAAAGAACUGGAAGCUCAGUACAACAAGAAGGAGGCAGCGCUCAACACGGCCCUCAGUGAAAAUGGCACACUCUCUGCAGAACUGGCUGACCUGAAGGCUCAGCUGGCCAAAGCUGAAGAUGCUCACGGAGUGGCCAAGAAACAGCUGGAGGCGGAGACUCUGAUGAGGGUGGACCUGGAGAACCGCUGCCAGAGUCUGGCUGAGGAGCUGGAGUUCAGAAAGAGCAUGUUUGAGGAGGAGGUGCGCGAAACUCGUAGACAUCGCGAAAAACGCAUGGUGGAAGUGGACACGGGCGUGCAGCAGGACUAUGAGUUCAAACUGGCACAGGCACUGCAAGAUCUGCGCAAACAGCAUGAAGAACAAGUGCAGAUCUACAAAGACGAGCUACAGCAUACCUUCAUGUCCAAGCUGGAUAACGCUAAGCUGUCGUCUGACCUGAAUGAUAAGGCGGUGCUCGCCGCCCGUGAGGAACUACAGGAAGCCCACAUGAGAAUCGAGGGCUUGAGCUAUCAGCUCAACUCCCUGCAGAAACAGGCGUCUGCCGCUGAGGAGCGAAUCCGCGAGCUGGAAGACAUUCUGUCUAGCGACCGAGACAAGUACCGUCGUCAGCUGGACGCUAAGGAGCGCGAGAUGGCUGAGAUGAGGGACUGCAUGCAACAGCAGCUUAAUGAAUACCAGGAGCUGCUGGAUGUCAAACUGGCUCUGGACAUGGAGAUCAAUGCUUACAGGAAACUGCUGGAGGGAGAGGAAGACAGGCUGAAGUUGUCCCCCAGCCCGUCCUCACGGGUGACGGUGUCCCGCACUACAGCGAGCAGUACUAGUUCUUCACGUACCUCUCGUGCAAAGAGAAAGCGCGUGGAACUGGAAGGGGAGUCUACCGCUGCCCCUAAAGUUCAGAUCAACCAGGAGGCAGAAGCCACAGGCAACGUUAGCAUUGAAGAAAUCGAUCUGGAAGGAAAGUCUGUCACCCUCAGGAACAACUCUGAUAAGGAUCAAUCUCUGGGCAGUUGGCGACUAAAGAGACAGAAUGGAGAUGAAGAUGAAAUCGUAUACAAGUUCAGCCCCAAGUUUGUCCUGAAGGCCGGUCAGAAAGUUACGGUGUGGAGUGCCAGUGCUGGCAUGUCCCACAGCCCCCCCACAGACCUGCUGUGGAAGAGCCAGAGCUCCUGGGGCACUGGAGAAAACAUCCUCACCUCAUUGGUCAAUUCAAAUGGAGAGGAAGUGGCUAAGCGAACUAUCAGGAAAAGUGUUGUAGAGCUCGAGAAUGGGGAUGAUGAGGAGGGAGACUUUGGAGAUGAAGAUCUUUUCCAUCAGCAGGGUGACCCAAAGACCCAAUCUAGAGAAUGUGCCGUCAUGUGAUGAAGCCGUUUGCCUUUAGUAUUUUCCUUCCCUACUAUUCAGUCUUUUGUAGAGCCACUACUUUUUUAUUCUUUAAAAUUGAUUUCUUACCACCCUUUCUUAUUUCUAUGGACCUCAUUUUUAAAGCCAGUUAACCAUGAACUGCAGCAGACGAUGCUGUUUUUUUUCAGCUGCAGUUUAUCAGUGAAUAGUCUUAAUGCCGUUUGACGUAACAGACAGCUCGUCGGAGGAGUCGGAACACUUCUGAAUGGCGGCAACCUCCCAUUAAGGACUGUCGGCAUAGCGCUAUUAGACAAUGAGUCAAAAUGAUCUGAAAUUAGCAAGUAUUUGUGCAAGCCAGUGACUAAGGUAUCUGCAUAUUCAUGCAAAUGAUUCAUGCCUAUUCUUGUUGCUGCGAGGUUAUGAAUGGGGGAAUUAUUAUGGGAUGCUCUGAUGGGGAGUUAGCUCCCUGGUUUAUGUUUUGUAGUGCACUGUAGCACAUAACUGACAGCUGUCGCUUAGCACACCUCUUGUUUUUCACUUUGCCAACCAGAUGAACAGGGUGGAAAUGAAAUCGAAUUGCAUUUAGUUGACUUUGAAGUGAUUACUCAUCCUGAGUACUUCAAAAAAAAAAUUGGGGGUCGUUAAAAUCAAAUAAUCAUGUGUAUCGAUGAAUGCUUAGCAUAGUAUUGUGAAUGUUUAAAUAAGUCAAUAAAUGUUAUGACAUUUUUUAGAUCGCCCUAUCCUAAAUAGCUAAAACAACUUGAAUCAUGCAAUUCAGUAUUAAUGAAUACAAGCUGCAUUGUGUCGAGAAAUCAUGUAGAAUUAAAACACAAAUCUAUAGUGUAUAGUACAUCCACUAUACACCGAAAUUUGAAGCAUUUUGAGUUUACCAAUGUAGUUUUUUUUUAUCAGUGGUUUGAUUUGAGUUCAUAUGAUCAAUGUUUAUUUAAUUCUGCACUGAAGUUUGACUCUUCAUUUUCUGCUUUUCCACUAUUGGGCCAGUGUGAGCCAGAGCUAUUAACUGGCCAGCCGUGGCCAAUAGCAUCGGACCUCGAACCGCAAGACCAAAAUCGAUCUGCAUUACCACCAUCUGGCCAAUAGCCCUGCAGCGUUGCCCUAAAACCAGCCCUUAUAAUGCCGCCCUGGUGCCAACGUUGCACAACUCGCCCAUUUCACAAGCAAAAGGGAAGCUCAAGCUGAGGUAUCAUGUUAUCUAGAAUAUCGAGUUUAUAUCAAAUGUAAACAUUAGCUAGCUUGCAAGAUAAGUUAGCAUUGGCAACUCACCGACUGUAACUGCCGUGGUGUCCCGAGUGGUCUGUCCACAAACAGCGGGAUGUUGUCCCAGCACACCGUCUAUGAAAGUUCACCGAGCCAUGGAACGUAAUUUCUUUGGACACCGCUUUGUCCAUUGUGCGUUUUAACGGAUUUGUACUGUGCCUGCAUUUUUUUUCUUUAAUUUGUUUCCUGAGCCUGCACCGUUGUGUGCCGGAUACAUAUCCUGGCAUUGAACCUGCCUCGAUCUCCAGUUGGCCUUGUUUGUCCCAAGGGUAAUUGGCGGGCCAAAGGCCAUUGGCCGUUGGCCCCGAGAAAGCCCAGAGGAGGCACGAUGAAGCCCCAGAAGUGACAGUGGGAACGCAACUGACCAUGGCACGCACUAGCACACCCUCUUUUAGCCCAGUAGUGGAAACGCGGCUAUUCAGUGCUAAUAAAAUCAGACCAGAAUCAACAUGCUAACAACAAUACAGACGCUUUGUGACAUUAACCAACGAAACAAUGAAUGACCUUUUUUUUUUUUUUAAAUAAAUAUUGAGACUAAUAAAACCAAUUCGACUUGAGUGCCUGAAACACUCUAAAUAAAUGGAUCAAUAUUUUGAAAUCAAAACCAGUGAGUAAUCUGUUCUUCCACCCUGUUGAUUCUGUUGCAUUUUACAUUUUUAAAGCUAUCAAGUUUAAAAAAAAAAAAAAAAUGUUUCUCAGUCAAUUAUGCAUGCAGCAAAUAUAUAUUUUUUAUAUACAAGUCAAAUUAAUGAUCAGGGACACUGCUAAUGAAUCUAAACAGCCACUGAGCGUUAACGUGAUCUGUAGGGAUGCUUCAGUUCUACCGACAUAUUAUCUACAUACUUAUUUUUGAUAUAUUUCCUCAGGUUUUUUAAAACCCUAGUGCAAAAGAAAUCUCAGUGCUUGCAUUUGAAAUGUAGAAGAAAUACCUUGUAAAUCGGGAAAUAUAUCAAACGCAGUGUGCUCAAAAAAUUGACCUGUGAAACAGUUUUUUAAUGGAUUAUUUUAGGUUCUGCAGUGCUUAACUAUUGAGUUGUUUUAAUGGGGUAUUUGUAUUCUUCUGUGUUUACUUUUUUGGGGGUAAUUGUGAAGAUUGUACGCAAAUGGAAAAGUAAUGUUUAAUUACCUGAUAGUGUAUGCAGGCUCAGUGUGCGCAAGAAUUGUCAAAAUUAGCAAGUGAAAUUGAGCUCAAGUAAAAUUGUAUUUGCAUACAUUUGUGACUUGGUCUCUGAGCUAAUAAAAUCUACCUUUGUUUUUUUUAGUUUACUUUAUGAAUGGAAACUGUUUUCCUGCAAACUCUGUUUCUGUGAAUUUACCAUUGUGUAGUUUUUUGUUGUAGUUUUUUCUUAACAAAUACUGUGUAACACUGUUUUCAUAAGGGAUAGUUUCCUUGUUUUUUCAGGUUUUAUUAGACAGAGCUGUGACUGAUGUAACAGGUACAAUGUGCUUUGAUAGAUUUUCUACAAAAUUGUCAAUCCGUCAUUGCAAUUGUUGUAAUCUACUGUAAAGAAAUUGCUAUUUGAAAAACCAUCAAAAGUACUGAAAUGUGAGUUAAAGGCUGCAAAAAUUGAGCCAAAAGUAAAUUGUGAAUAAAUGUGAAUCAAAUUUGUGACGGGGUAAAAAAACAAAUUAUUAAUUGUUAGGACUUUUGAAGGGCUAUAAUAGGGGAGGGCGCAUGCCAAAAGUGUCUCAUUCAUUUUGAUAUACAUUAUUUUAAUUUUUUGUCAUUUUGUUUUGUACGCAGUAUCCAAUAAAUGUUUUACAUAUUCA